GUUCUUUGGAUUGAAAUAUGCUAAAGAAAGGCCUGUAGAAUGUAAUAAAACGGCUUUCAUUAUUAUAUAAUACACCAGUGUGCGCCGCUGAGUAGACUGAGCGAGCCAUGAUUACAUCUCUCACAAUAACACGAUGAAUCGUCUUUCGGAAUGUAACACAGCACGCUUCGAAAUGGACCAUCGUGUCUCAGACUCUGUCUAUAUGAAGAGGUUUUUAUUCAUUCAAAUUUUUUAUUGAUGCUUUUGCGGUUUUUUUCUGGCGGCGAGUCGGCGGACUUCGCACCAGCGCUCCCGUCUCUCACCGCGCACCGUAGCGCGUGGACCCGCAGCGGGACUCGCGAGGAGCCUGAGCUUCAGCCUGAGGCGUCUUUUUUUUUUUUUAAUUGAAUCAACGGAAAACGAGGCAAUUCAGAAUUCUCAUUCUGCGCUGAGAGAAAGUGAAAGUCGCGAGACCGCCGCUUACAAGCAAUAUGCACAACUGACCCGAGCUGAAAACUACUGCAAGGAUUUUUGAAUAUAUGUAGAAUAUAUGUUUUUUCCCCUCAGAAACGCACGUCGCCGGAGCGCGUGCCACGAGGGAGGGGACUAUGCCGCGGGCGCGCGCCACUUCUACGCGUUUCACGGAGCGAGUGGGAUCAGUCUUUACAUCUCGCCACGACUCGCAAUGUCCGUGGCAGAAUAAAAGGUAAAUAUUGGUGAGGAACUUGUGAACGCGGGAGCUUCGCGUCACAUCGCAAGGGCUGAGACCCGACGAAGCGCCUCACCGACCGACAGAGGGAGGGGGGCGGACCGAGGAGACGCAAGUUCCACCUGAAGCCAACACCGCAACGUGGCGGAGAGCAGAAAAACAAAAAGCAACUAACACGACGACUGCAUUUGAGGAUUAUGGAGGAGUUGGGAAAGAAAGCAUGAUUAAAGAUCUGCAGUUGCAAGAUCAUUUUUUGGGGAGCAGAAGAUCAGGGGAUGGAGGGGUAAUAAACAGUUCUCUGUCAACCUUGCCUGUUUCUCUCUCCUGUUGUACGACUUCUUGGCUGGCUGGAUGUUAAUGAUAUCCCUCCAAACCACCCACCUCUUGUUUAUACUUCUUCUGAGUGCUUUUCAUUUCCUUUCAUCUGAGGAUGCAGAACUGAUAGACUGUUGCCAGUGAAGACCUCCUCCCUACUCUAAUUCCAUAUCUGGACUACUUACUUGGAUCUGACUUUGGUGGAUUGAAUAAAACAUUCCCUGUACCUCACAAGAAUAUUUCCUUCACUUUAUUGUAAUGUUUGUUCAAUAAUUAUGCUUUGGAUUGUAACUUGAAAAGUCACAUUCAUCCUGAAAAUUCACUUCUCCUAUAAAAUUCAGUUUGAGAUUAAAUGUAGAGAAAAGACUACCCAAUCCUUCAGGCCUUUACUGCACAAUUCUUCUCCCCCCCACUUCUCAGUGGGGGGGGGGGACCAGAAAAUCAAGGGCCGGGCAAUCCUGGCUCAUGCUUAUGUUGACCUGGAACUGAGGCCUUGACCAUGGAAGCGGGCCAAGGCACCCCAGAGAGCCCCAAUCGGGCUGUUGAGUACCUGCUAGAGCUCAACAACAUUAUUGAGAGCCAGCAGAAACUCCUAGAAACCCAGAGGAGGCGCAUAGAGGAGCUGGAGGUCCAGCUGGACCGCGUGAGCCAGGAGAACAAGGACCUCCGACUGGAUCGCGUGAGCCAGAACAAUGAUCUCCGCCAUCCCCGCACAACAGAGUCAGCCGCUCCUGCCCAUCAGAACCCAACAGCCUCAGAUCCUGCUUGCCAGGUCAACUCCCACAGCAACAGCGGCAAUGGCAGCGGGACCGGUGGUGGCGGAGGCACCAACACUAACCCCACUCCUCCUCCGCUGCCAGCACGGGAAAGGCGUGGCCAUGCCAGGCUGACCCGUGGGCUGUCGUGCGGUUCUGCUCCAGUGGAAAGGGACAGACAGGACCGUGUGGACCGCUGCAGUGCCAGCCACGCCAAUACUCUCCAAAGGCAGUUAUCUACUAAUUCCACCUUUGCCAAUCCUUGCAAUCGUACUACCGCCAAAAGUACUGCUUCUGCUACCUCCUCCCUUCACACCAGUCUGACCGCUAACAGCCACACGAGUCACCAUCAGUUUUGCUGCCCCUCCACGCUCCUUCUGCCCAAGCCACCUCGCUUCUCUGCCAGGCACUUGGAGCAGGCAAGCGUGGAGGCGGAACCGCAGCGCACCGAUUCGGGAAGCUUCUCGGACAGCGCGUGCAGCCAGACCCCUUAUCUGCGCGGCUCCGAGCGCUGCAGCGACGGCGGUGUUUCCCGGGGGCCUCCCGUCGCUCCUCCGAGCCCAGUGAGCCUGGCCUGGGCGCAGCGUACGCGCCACCAGCCCGCCAGCCUGGCGCUGCGUAAGCAGGAGGAGGAGGAGAACAAGAGGUGCAAAGCCCUCUCUGACAGCUAUGAGCUCUCCACCGAUCUCCAAGACAAGAAGGUGGAGAUGUUGGAGAGAAAGUAUGGGGGAUAUUUCCUGAGUCGCCGGGCGGCACGGACCAUCCAGACGGCUUUCCGUCAGUACCGUAUGAACAAGAACUUUGAGCGCCUGCGCAGCUCUGCCUCCGAGAGCCGCAUGACGCGCCGCAUCAUCCUGUCCAACAUGAGGAUGCAGUACUCUUUUGAUGAGCGACAGCCCCAGGCGCAGCCUCUCUCUUCUGCCGGCAGGCCGGAGAGAGACACGGGUUCUCCUCCCCGUCUGCAGGGAGACCGAACGGGGCAGUACACCCACCUCGAGGACAACUUCUCCAAACAGGUGAAGUCCCUGGCAGAUUCCAUUGACGAUGCCCUGACUUGUCGUCCAGGGCGAGAUGACUCGCAGGAGGGCAGCAGAGAAGGAGAAGGCAUGGGAGGAGUCGAGGGGGAUGAUUUUGUGGAGUGCGUGUGGAGCAACAGCAGCAACCCCUCAUCCCGGAGAGGAAUGGGCGAUCGAGAGCGAGGUGGGGGAGGAGGCCUGAGCAUGCAUGAGGACAGCACAGCAACCUCCUACAGCGAUGUUACCCUCUACAUGGAUGAUGGACUGCCUUCCUCACCACUCUCGCUGGACAGAGCCCCCAGCAGCACCGACACCGAGUACUGGGGCAUGGGUGGUGGCGUAGGGGGCCGUGAGGACAGCCGAGAUACAGAGGGGGGUGGCAGCAGCACCAGCCGCCGCAGCACACCCUGUACAGAGUGCCGGGAUUACAGACUGCGUGGGGCGCACCUGCCCCUACUCACCAUUGAGCCCCCUAGCGACAGUUCUGUGGAUAUGAGUGACCGCUCUGACAGGGGGUCACUCAGCCGACAGCUCAUCUACGAGCAAGAGCCCGGUGGCGGGUCGCCCCAGGGCACCCUCAAACACAACCCGAACGCCCGUUCCGCUUCUGCAGCUCAGGGCCAGACCCGCACCCCUGGCCGGCCGCACCCCUCCUCCCUGCCUUCCCAGGUUCCCCACAUCCACCACCACCAUCACCACCACCACCACCACCCACAUCACCACCACCAGUAUCCUGACACACCCUCCUCAUCUUCAUCACCCCAACAGCCCCCCACCACACCCCUCUCUUCAUCUUCCUCUGCCCCUAUGCCCACUGGCAGCUUGGAACAGCCCUGCUGCUCAGACGGGGACAAUGACUCGCUCAACUCCACCACCAACUCCAACGAGACUAUCAACUGCAGCUCCGGCUCUUCGUCACGAGACAGCUUGCGAGAGCCACUGCCCCCCUUGGGCAAGCAGACCUACCAGAGGGAGAGCCGCCAUAGCUGGGACUCCCCAGCCUUCAACAACGACGUGGUGCAGAGAAGACAGUAUCGCAUUGGCCUCAACCUCUUCAACAAGAAGCCGGAGAAGGGCAUCCAGUACCUGAUUGAGAGGAGCUUUGUGUCGGACACUCCGGUGGGCAUUGCUCGCUUCAUCCUGGAGAGGAAAGGCCUCAGUCGGCAGAUGAUUGGAGAAUUCCUUGGAAACAGGCAGAAGCAGUUCAACAGGGACGUGCUGGACUGUGUGUUGGAUGAGAUGGACUUCUCAGGAAUGGACCUGGAUGAUGCGCUGAGGAAAUUCCAGGCCCAAAUCAAAGUACAAGGGGAAGCUCAGAAAGUGGAGAGACUUGUGGAGGCAUUCAGCCAGAGGUACUGCGUGUGCAACCCAGCGUUAGUCCGUCAGUUCCAGAACCCAGACACAAUCUUCAUCUUGGCUUUUGCCAUCAUCCUCCUCAACACAGACAUGUACAGUCCCAGUGUGAAGCCAGAAAGGAAGAUGAAACUUGAGGAUUUUAUUAAGAACUUACGAGGAGUGGACAACGGUCAGGACAUCCCUAGGGACCUUCUUGUUGGGAUCUACCAGCGCAUUCAGAAAUGGGAACUGAGAACGAACGAUGACCACGUAUCCCAAGUGCAGGCUGUGGAGAGAAUGAUCGUGGGCAAGAAACCGGUGCUGUCACUGCCUCACCGCAGGCUUGUGUGCUGCUGCCAGCUGUAUGAAGUGCCCGACCCCAACCGACCCCAGAGGAGCGGUGUGCACCAGAGGGAGGUCUUCCUCUUCAACGACCUGCUGGUGGUAACAAAGAUUUUCCAGAAGAAGAAGACCUCAGUGACGUACAGCUUCAGGCAGUCCUUUCCUCUGGUGGAAAUGCAGGUCCACAUGUUCCAGAACUCCUACUACCCCCAUGGCAUCCGCCUCACGUCAGCCAUCCUGGGAGGGGAGAGGAAGGUUCUCAUUGUGUUCACAGCCCCCAGCCAACAGGACCGUACACGUUUCACCAGCGACCUGAGGGAGAGCAUAGCUGAAGUGCAGGAGAUGGAGAAGUACAGGGUGGAGUCCGAGCUGGAGAAGCAGAAGGGAGUGAUGCGUCCCAGCCUGCUGAGUAGCACCGUGGUGGGAGGAGGCGGAAGCGGCAGUGGCACCAUGAAGAGCGAUGUGGUGAAUGGCAGCCUGGGAAGGCCCAGCUUGGAUGACAGCUACUCGGCUGGGGAGGGCCUCAAACGCACCGCACUCAGCUCAUCUCUGAGGGACCUUUCCGAGACAGGGAAACGUGGUCGCAGAAACAGCGUGGGUUCCCUCGACAGUACCAUUGAAGGGUCCGUCAUUAGCAGCCCUCGGCCUCACCAGCGCCUGCCCAUGGCCACCGUGGUGUCCGGCUGCUAUGGCCUAGAAGAUUGCCGGUCUCACCACCCCAUCCUGAGCCCCGGAGUGGGGGUGGGGGGUGGGCCGGGGCAACAACACAACGCUGCUGGGACAGUGAGCGUGGGGGCGGGUGGGGGAGUCUCCAGCAGCAACGAGAAAGGAGGGAUGGGGAAUGGGACUGGGGGAGCCAGCAGUGGCUCCUUCCUGGGCUCCCUAUUCGGCAGCAAGCGCUCCAAGGCCCCGGGACCCAUUAUCCCCCCGGGGCCACCCUACCCCGCCCCUGUGCCCCCCCCUACCACCGGAGGGCCCCCACCUCUCUCCCCUUCCUCGCUAUGUCAGUCGGAGGGAGGGGGCCCUUCCAAGAUCCAGGCCCUGCACGCCCAGUACUGCCACACCGGCACUGGUCAGCCGCCUCCGCCGUACCACCACCACCAUCGCUACAACGUCCAGACCGUGCCCCCUCCCAGCCAGCCAUCUUCUGCGCCACCCCCCACGCACCAAACCCUACAGCGAGGUUCUCUUCCCAGGCGUGCACCGCCCGCACCCUCCCACGCCCAGCUGCAACAGUUAUCUCAGCUGCCCCAGAUCUCCCAGCAUGCUUUGCAGGGCCGCUAUGCCAACAUGGCCAUGGGGAUGAACUGCCCUCCCCCCCUUUCUCCUCACUCCCUACAUUCCCCCCUCCCCCAGUACACCCUGUACCACGCUCAGCCUACACACUCUGCCAGGGGGGGAGGCGCCACUGGCAAGCUCCCCCUAACACUGGCACACUCCCACCCCCAUUCUCACUCCCACACCCACCCCGGCCACAUCCCCACCCCGCACCCCAAUUCGCUCCCCACGCAUCAGCCUCAUUUCGUCUUCGCCGCGCCCCCCCAACCAUCCACCGCUUCCAUCACUGCCCGCCACCUGCCCCAGGCCGCCCAGUAUCUGCCCCAGUAUCCUCCACUCUCCUCUAUCCCUCCUCCCCCCCCCCACUCCCCUUUACCCCCCCCUUCCUCCCCCCUUACCCCUCUUACGCCUCACUCCCCUCACCCCCCCCAGCACCCGGGUCAACCUCAGCAGGGUGGGCAACCGGGGGGUCCGGGAGUAGGAGCCACAGGCACCGGCACAGGGGGCAGUUCCAAGUCCAAACCUAUCAACCGAAUCAGCACCGUGGUCUGAAGGGCAUGUGGGGCUUGGGCCACCGGGCCCAGGGGGGGUCACACAUGGGCACAGCCCGAGGGACACUGGUAAGGGCAGAUGAGGGGGAUAGGGUCACGUGGGAGCAGGCCCAGCCGUCUCAGGGGGGCACCAGUGGCCGGAAGAAGCGCAGCUUCCUCCGCCUCUGCUACUUCCACCUUCGCUUCCCACACAUGUAGACCGUGGAGCAGGACCUGACAGGGCACACGUGUGCUGACAUGCAUCAACAUGUGCCGGAACAUGCACUCUCACACGCUCGCUGACUGAAUGUGCACAAACACACGUAGGCACAUGCACUUUCAGGCUCACACAGGAACAUACCUUGACAUAUACGGUCAGGUGAACAUAUAUUCAUACGCUUUCAUCAGCAAACGUGUGCAGGAAUAUACACCGAUGUGCACGCCCACGCAGAGCUACACACACUUUCACAGGCACACAUAAACACUACAUACAUUGAAGGGGGCAUAUAUUAAUGCACACUCGCACACUCAGAAUCCCGAGGUGUACGACUUCAGUCCUCAAGGGCUACGCAGAACGUUCUGGUUUUUUGCCGUUAACUGCUAUAUUGAAGUAGCCAAGUAGAUUGAACGUCCUCCCAGCCAGUAUUUCAGGGGUUAGGCAGGCACUAAUUAAAAUGUACUCUCUAAAACCUGCAGUGCCAGAGGACAGGAGUUGAGCACCCCCCCCACCCCAUUUACACUGAGAGGUAAACACACGCAGGCACAUAUGCUGACACGUAAACACUAAUUGUCAGGCGAGAGUAAUGCUACUCCCAUAACUCACAGGUGUAUAUACAGUUUGGAUGGUUUACACUGGAACUAAUGUGCACUCUUUAGGCGCUGUGGCUUGGAGCUACAGGCCAGAGAAGGGGGCAGAGAGGCAGCAGGGUGAUGCAGUUCAACGUCUGUAGGGAACGUUCGUGUUCCUGUAGUAUCGUGUGGAUGUCGUCCGAUGCCCGGGCGCUCCCGUGGACUGUGAGGGUGCCAGAGGAACGGACUGCAGUGUCGCACCGGCGUAGGAAAGCCGCGGACGGGGAAACGGAGAAAGCAAGGGACUGCUUUGUUAUAUUAACCCAAAAGAGAAAGUGCCUCAUUUUCAGAUUUCAGUUGCAACGAGGAGAUCUUUCUUGCUGUAGGUUCCUCUGGUUCGAGUUUGCUCUUCCUCACCUUUAACAUACCGGAGAAGGAGCAGAAACAGAAGUGAAAGGGCUGCUUGGUUCCCUUAUGGAAAGUCUGCAAGCCACUGUAGAUACACAUUAAAAGCCUGAAAUGUACACAUUUAGCUCAUUGAUUUAUGUAUGUAUGUAUGUAUUUAUUUAUUUAUUUAUUUUUUACUUAACUCCUUCGGACUAAUCUACAAACGCGAUACUUUCCUUCACACAGACAUGUCACGCUGAAUAGUACUGUGGAGGCCACUUGUCCCAAAGAGGUAGCACAUCUUGUAGGGUAAUGUCUGUCUGGAAGAAUUAAACUUAUGUGCAAUACAAAGAGACUGCAGUCGGAGAGAUCAAACAGAGCGUAUAGUUUGGACAGAAGAGGAUAACAGAAAUGACUGCACCUCCAUUAUUGGGAUUGUGCGCAAAAGGCUGGACAAUGAGCUGUGUUGAGAGGUGAAGGGUAGGGAGGUUUAAUGCAGCCUUUAAGAGUACCCUGUCAUAAAAAGAUUUCUCUCCAACGUUCAUCGCAUUAAAAAAUCUGGAUUUUUUUUUCUUUUUUACAUGAGCAUUCUUUGCGAAAAUUGAUUUCAUUCCGAAACAAGGCUACGCACUACUCAGAAUGGCUAUGAAAGGUCCGCCCCGUAAUCCGAAGAUCUGGAGUCAGUGUGAAUAAUGGGACUAAGGGAUGCGUGCGCCCACACACUCUAUGGCCUAAUAACUAAUAAAACAGUGGGCCAUACCAGCAUUUUCUCUUUGCCACAUCUUAAGCCAUGCUCCAAGGACAAUGAAUUGUAGACUUUGUAUAGAAAAUAGCACUUUGCAGAGUUUGUAAUUUGCAACAGCUAGAAGAGUUGUUGACGGUUUAAUUCACAUGAAUUAAACAUAUUGUACAGCCCACCCCUAGAAGCCUUCUUUUUAAUUUUCUCUCGAGUCCUUCUUGAUGCAUGGCCUCAGCGCUACCUAGCCAUAGGACUGCGGUCUGUACGGGACGGACGGGCUGCAGUCUGACUGUGUUAACUGUCAACAGUAGGUGACAGAAAGACAGGAUUUAUUAUGGUAGACAGAUGCACAGGGAGCAGACACAUACAUUUUAGCUGACCUUGUACAAUAUACCUCGUUUUUUGUCAAAGAAUUACACAGCAAAUUAUAUUUCUUCGAUACGUGUUGUCUGUUUGCAGGUAUUUCAGUGUGAAAUUGAUAGAAUCUUAAUAUGGAACAUUGAAAAAUAAUUGUCCUUGAUCAUUUAAAUUAACAAAGAAGCACAUCGCUUUAAAUGUAUGAUACCUGAACUUUAUAAUUUUUUGAUUUUUGGUUAGAAAAUGAUUCUGUGUAGCUAAACAGGGAAAUGUCGUGGUUACAUUGAUAAAUGUGAUAUGACGAUUAUAAAUAGCUGGAACAGCUGUUGAUAUUUGUUCAUUUUUUUAACACAAUUACACUUUUUUUACUUUUUUAAAGCUGCAGGUGAUUCUGUGAGAGGCAGGGUGUAAAUCCUUUGUGUGUCAUAGAACCACUUAAAGGAACAUCGCAUUCAACAUCUGCCAUAAAAGCCCAUUUGAUAUGAAUGGAUCUCAGUUCUUGAGUGAAGAAAUGGAUAGUGUUGCAAGGUGAGGUUUUGUGGUUUAGUGCAUAGAGACAGUAAUGCUGUCGGUGGCUUUUUUAACUACAACUUUUGCCCAGAUCCCAGUCUGCCUUGACUCCGUUUCAUUUCCCCAAAUCCUCAGUGACUGCCUUCCUACACCAAUUCUGACUGGCUGCUAAGUGAUCUGUCGUUCUUGGAUUAUGUUUCUUUUUUAAGUACCGCAUUAAAUCCUCUAAACGAGUCAGGUCAGGUAGUCAAGGCAAUAGUGUUAGACAGUUCUCUUCUGAAAAUAUUUCUGCUGCUUUGGAAUGCACAGCUCUGUAACAGAGUUUACUGAAAUAUACUGGAAUGUAAAUCCAUAAUUCGGAACUUGCACUCUCUUGGCUUGUUGACUUGGCGCUCAUCAUUCGGGAUUGUUUGGAAGGGUGUUUUUCGGACUGAAUGGCAGUUCCGACGUAAAAAAAAAAAAGCCAACUGGGCUCAAAGUCAAAGGGCAAAAACAAAAACUACAGGGAACACACAGAGGAAUCUCAGAAAAGCCUAAGAGAAAAUGAUAGACAAAGAGAAUAACGGAGAAAAAAUUGUAGAAAAAGACAGGAAAGGCACAAAGGACACUAGUGUUUUUUGAGGUGUGUUGAUUGGCUAUUACCACACUGACUCUAGCGAGGACUGCCAGUGUCAUAUUCUUUGUUAUCCCUGUUGCAUGAAUAUUUCUACUUGCUGAAUGAAUUCUAUUGACCUGAAUGUACAUAUUAUAUAAAACUACUUCUAAAUAUUGACUAUGGAAUGGACUUCACCCUGUCUAUAAUACAGGUACUGUGUGUGUGUGUGUGUGUGUGUGUGUGUGUGUAUAGGGGGGACAAGAAGACAUUAGUAUUUUUUUGUUUUUAUUUGGGUCAGGUGGGGUGGAUGGAAGAAUCGAGAAAUGAAUUUUAUUUGUAAUAUUGUGUGUGUGGGUGUGUGUUAGAACAGUUAUUAAUAA